AUGCGUACGCUUGUUUCGUUAGAACGUACAAAUAUGGGUAGGGCGUUAAAUCUUACCGUUACCGAAAUAUCGAGUCAUUCAGAUAUGCUGGCUGCGACCAGUGUUUUGCAGCAGCAAGCAUCAGAAAUCCGGGGUUACAGAGUGAACUGGCAAUCUUACUUACAAUCCCAAAUGAUAACUCAGGAAGAUUAUGGAAUCAUAUCUGAAUUUGAUCAUGGUGAUGCUGCUAAACGAGAAAAAAUAAUUCAAGAAAAAAGGAGUCAGCUAGCAAAAACAUUUUUGAACUUGCUGGAACAUGUUUCCAAAGACCAGACUAUCCAAUACAUAUUGGUAAUCGUUGAUGAUAUGCUUCAGGAAGAUCAUAAGAGAGUUGAAAUAUUCAGAGAGCAUUCAUUGAAAAAACGAGAACCUGCAUGUGGCCAAUUUCUGAAUCUUCUAAAUGGGUCAGACGGAUUCAUUGUCAAUAUGACAGCUAGAAUUAUUGCUAAAAUUGCUUGUUGGAGCAAUGAACUUAUGGACAAAUCAGAUCUUAACUUUUAUCUUACUUGGCUGAAAGACCAACUAAAAAUUACUAAUAACGAAUACAUGCAAUCUGUUGCCCGCUGUUUACAAAUGAUGCUACGCAUUGAUGAAUACAGAUCAGCUUUUAUUUCUGUUGAUGGAAUUUCUACUCUUCUCAGUGUUCUGUCUGGAAGAGUGAACUUUCAAAUUCAGUACCAACUUAUUUUUUGCAUUUGGGUAUUGACUUUCAACCCUAAAUUAGCAGAAAGGAUGAAUAAAUUCAGUGUUAUCCCUAUCUUGGCAGAUAUACUUAGUGAUUCUGUCAAAGAAAAGGUUACCCGAAUCAUUCUUGCUGUGUUCAGGAAUCUUAUCGAAAAACCAGAUGACAGAUCUAUUUCUAAAGAACAUUGUAUAGCUAUGGUGCAAUGUAAAGUAUUGAAGCAAUUGAGCAUUUUAGAACAGCGUAAAUUUGAUGAUGAAGACAUUGUUGAAGAUGUCCAAUUUUUGAACGAGAAACUUCAAGCUUCUGUUCAGGAUUUAAGCUCUUUUGAUGAGUACGCAACAGAAGUCAAGAGCGGCCGAUUGGAAUGGAGCCCUGUGCACAGAUCAUCCCAAUUUUGGCGAGAAAAUGCCGCACGGCUGAAUGAAAAGAAAUAUGAAUUAUUACGAAUCCUUGUCCACCUUUUGGAAACCAGCAGAGAUGCACUUGUACUAAGCGUUGCAUCCUACGACAUCGGCGAAUAUGUUCGACAUUAUCCACGUGGAAAAAAUGUCAUAGAGCAGCUUGGUGGAAAGCAGUUGGUAAUGCAAUUACUAUCUCACGAGGAUCCCAAUGUACGUUAUGAGGCACUACUUGCUGUUCAGAAACUAAUGGUGCACAAUUGGGAAUAUCUUGGUCGUCAGUUGGAGAAGGAACAAAGCGCCAAUGCUGGAAAAACUCCAUCAGUUUUAAAUGCAAAAGCCUAGUUUGGUAGUUUCCAACAGUCUUACUUUAUUUUAUUUUUUCUUAAGGAAAUGGGUAAUAAUAAUUCAGUUUUCAAAAUGAAUUACAAAAACUGUGAAAGUUUAAUAAUUAUUUUAGGCAAGACUACAAUAUUUAUACAUUCCGCUGAUCCAAAUUGUUUCUUGUUAUUUCCUGAGUUGUAUAUUGUAUAGUAGUUGUAAAUAUUUUUAAAAAAGAAUCCUUCAUCCUCUUUCCAAUUAAUGGCUUUCACAGGAUUGUUUUAAAACAAAAUAAUGAAUAGUAAUACUUUGUGGCUUUGUAAAAAAUGUAUAAAUUUAUGUGAGCACUUGGUAUUUACUGUAGCUUCAUUAAGAAGUAUAUUUUACUUUUAAUUUGUUUAAAUCUAUUGUAAUAACAUAUUAAAACUUGUUAAGAUUUAUAAAUAUAUAUAUAAAUGCAUUAAAAUUGAUAUUAAUAAAUAUUCUAAAAUGUUAAAAAUUAUAGAUGAAAAGGAGAGCCUUAUAUAUCACUAGUUUAUUGCAAGAAGUUAUGUUGCUAAGUCCAUUUAUGAUGAUGCAAAAAAUGUUUUUGUGAAUUUCAAUAUAAAAAAAAAAAAAAAUUGCAUCAAAUUGACAGAAACCCUUUUAUAUAAUAAAAAAAUACUAUGUAAUAAAAAAAAAUAUAUAAUAAAAAAAAGUAUGUGAAAAUAAAAUAAUUGACGCUGUAUGCUUAAGACCACACGAUAGAAAUACAUACAUCAUUAAGACGGACUAAAUAAUAUGUAACACGAAUCUUUUUUUUGUUCUAUAUUUAAAAAGUAAUAACAAUUACAAUACAUACAAUUAUAAUUUUGUUUAAAUUACUCUAGUGAACUUUGCUCUGACUGGUUAUGCUAAGUCAGUAUCAUAAAAAUGAUAACAAUGACAACAAUAGGUUUAUGAUAACUAAAAUAUAUGAUGAUCGUAUAUGCUCAUUAUUUUUGUAUGAUUCGUCAUAUUUAAUAUAACAAUAUAUAGUAUGGAAUUCGUUCUGAUUUGGUUUUUGACACUAUAUUUCUCCUGUUUUGGCUCUCUAAUAUGGCGUCAAGUUAAUAUACAAAUUUUAAUAAUAGAUCAUUACAACGAUGAUGAAAUGAUGAACAUUUCACUCACAGUAUGCAAAUCCGAUUUUUAGUUUCUGAGAUAUUUUUCAACUGACUUUACCCGAGCGUUACACAUCAGAAAUCUGAUGGCUCAAUCUAAUUCACUCUACUUAAAAAAGAGCAAGACACGCCUAAAGAAGUUAUCUAUCACUUCAAAAAUUGCAUUAUAUGCGCAAUGUUCUGAUUACACAGAGAGAAAAUUCAUCAAAUUACUAAGCAUAUUAAAUUUAUGAAAUGCUGCUUAAUGACUUUUUGUAAUAAAU